AUUCUACCCAGGGUCCGAUCAUCCCGCUUCCUCCAUCAAAAACAUUUUAUGAUUUAUGAUUUAUUAUUAGAAUCUACGUCACCACAAAACUCUUAUAUAACAAUUUCCAUAUAAGGAUAUUCGACAUGAUAUAAAUAUACUUCACCUCUGUAUUUUAUUGGCUAUCGCACACCUCGAACAUCAUCUCGCGCCGCUCCAAACAAACAUCUCCCUCAGGAUUUGCUUACUACCCUCCGACCGACCGACCGACCGACCGACCGACCGACCAACCGACCAACCGACCGACCAACCAACCGACCAACCGACCGACCAAAACCUCUUAUCGAUAUCAUCCUUACCGCACUCGUACUCGAGUAGUUUCAUCCAUCCAAUCAUGGAGCCCCCGAAUACCCUGAAUGCAUUUCCCCAAUUCUCCGAGUUGCCUUUUGAGCUGAGACUCGAAAUCUGGGAGCUUGCCGCUUUUCACAAACGCAUUUUGGAGUUGAAUUACUGCAUCGUCGAUAAGAUAUUUCUCAACCUUGGUCUACCUCCGGCGAUACUUCAUACGAAUAGAGAAUCUCGUAACGUAGGUCUUCGAUUUUACAAUCAAUCCUUCGGUACGGAUGAGAAACCCGGGAAGAUCUACUUCAAUCCCGUCUGCGACACGAUAUUUUUCAGUUCGAGACAAUAUGAUGAUGAGAUUAUGGCUGUAGCAAAGCAUUUUUCUAUUCAAGCACCAUCUUUACCUUAUCAACAUCAAAUCCAGUCAAUUGCUCUAGCUGAACGAUUUUGGGGUGAAAGUCACAGGACUCUUCCAUUUCGUCUUUCGAAUGCUUUGGGAAACAUUGGUAGAUUUCGCUUGGCUUUUCCUCACUUGAAAAAGGUCCUCCUGGUGAGAAAUACACCAAGCGAGGAAGAAGUUGAUUCAUGGUCUCGUUAUUCAGGCAUAACUUUGUUGGAAUCAAAUAUGGAUGAAACAUCGGAAGAUUAUCUAUUGGACAUUGUCAUAAUGGCAUUUGCGGAAGAUAUGAAGACGCGACCGGGCGAAGUAGUAGACGUGACGGUGAUGGAGCAUCCCCAAGGAAGGAUGUAAUUCUCAUUUCUCUUUUUCUGUUUUUCACUGUUUGGUUUUUGUUCCUGGUAGGACACUUAUCUAUCUUCCUGUUUUUAAGAUACCAAGAACAUUUCAUAUGAAAAUCAUGCAAUUAAUUUAGUUUAGUCUUACAUACUUAUA